GGCCAGAGCGUCCACCACCCAAGAUGGUGGCUCUCGUGUCUCCUCCCCCACCGGCGGAGAAGGAAUAAGCUUUCCUGAAUAAGUUAGAUGGAUGGUCCCCAUUAGCCUGGUGGGCUGCCCCCCUCCUGCCUCCCCACCAACUCCCCUUGCCAAGGGAGGUGCCCCUGUGUGGGGGGGAGCCUGGGGGGGGGCAAGAGAAUUUGGGUGGGGGCUGGAGGUACCCUGCCCAGCAAGCAGGAAUGGUGCCCCCCGGGAAGAAACCUGCUGGAGAGGCCUCCAACUCCAACAAGAAGUGCAAGCGUUAUUUCAAUGAGCACUGGAAAGAGGAGUUUACCUGGCUGGACUUUGACUACGAGCGGAAACUGAUGUUUUGCCUCGAGUGUCGCCAGGCCCUGGUACGCAACAAGCAUGGCAAAGCUGAGAACGCCUUCACCGUGGGCACAGACAACUUCCAGCGCCAUGCCCUGCUGCGUCACGUGACCUCGGGAGCCCACCGCCAGGCUCUGGCCGUCAACCAGGGCCAGGCUGAGGGAGGAGGGGCCUACCCAGGCCUGGUUCCCACCCCCACCUCUAGGGGCAUCAAGGUAGAGGUGGACCCCUCUAAAGUGGCUGUGCUGACCACCGUGUACUGCAUGGCCAAGGAGGACGUGCCCGAUGACCGCUGCUCUGCCCUGCUGGAGCUGCAAAGGUUCAACCUGUGCCAGGCGCUGCUGGGCACCGAGCACAGUGAUCACUACAACCCCAGGAGGGUGAGGGACAUGCAGGUGGCCAUUGCCAGUGUCUUGCACACGGAGGACUGUCAGCGCCUGAGGGCAUCCCCGUAUGUGGGGCUGGUGCUGGAUGAGACCAGGGACUGGCCUGAGUCACGCAGUCUGGCCCUGUUUGCCACUUCGGUGUCCCCCUGCGAUGGUCAGCCUGCCACCACCUUUCUGGGCAGUGUGGAGCUACAGGAAGGUGAGGCCACCGCUGGCCAGCUCCUGGACAUCCUGCAGGCUUUCGGCGUGCCCGCACCCAAGCUGGCCUGGCUCAGCUCGAGCCUCCCCAGUGACCGCCUGAGGAGUGUGGGCCUACAGCUCCGGGCUGCCUGCCCACUGCUCACAGAGCUACACUGCCUCCCCGGCCGGACAGACCCCAAGCCCCCUGCCUACUUGGGUGAAUAUGAAAGCAUACUAGAUGCCCUAUUCCGCCUGCAUGGUGGCCCUAGUUCCCACAUGGUCCCUGAGCUCCGAGCAGCACUGGACCUUGCAGCUAUUGACUUGGCAGGGCCACGGCCAGUGCCAUGGGCCUCAGUGCUGCCCAUUGUGGAAGCAGUGGCCGAGGCCUGGCCUCGCCUGGUGCCCACACUGGAGGCCGCAGCCCCAGCCUCUCCCACUGCUGGGACACUGGCCCUUGCUCUUCGCCAGUUCACCUUCGUGGCCUUCACCCACCUGCUGCUGGACACUCUGCCCUCCGUGCAGAAGCUUGCGCUUGUCUUGCAGCCAGAGGAGCCAGACUUGGCCUUGUUGCAGCCCCUGGUGAUGGCGACCGCUGCCUCCCUGCAAGCACAGCGCUGCUCAGGUGGGGCCCGCCUCCAGGCCUUCCUUCAGGAACUGGCGGCCUCAGGCCCCGACGGGGGCGACAGUCGCUGCACCUACCGCGGCGUGGAGCUGGCUGGCUACUGCGAGGCCUCGGUCCGGGGCUUCGACCGGCUGCGGGGGGCUUUCCUGGACUCCAUGCGGACAGGACUGCGGGACUCCUACCCCGGGCCCUCGCUGGACGCCGUGGCCUCCUUUGCUGCCAUCUUCGACCCCCGCCGCUACCCGCAGGCGCCAGAGGAGCUGGGCGCUCACGGCGAGGGGGCGCUGCGCCUGCUGCUGCGAGCCUUCGCGCCAGCAGUGGUGCGCCAGCGCGCGCUAGGCGACUUCGCGCUCUUCAAGCGCGUGGUGUGCAGCCUCGGGCGGCUCGGGCCGCGGGCGCUGUGCGCCAAGCUGGCGUGCACGCACUCCGAGCUGCACGAGCUCUUCCCGGACUUCGCCACCCUGGCCGCACUGGCCUUGGCGCUGCCCGCAGGCGCCGGCCUCCUGGACAAGGUCGCCCGCAGCCGGGAGCUGAGGUGGUGGGGGCCGGCAGGGGGCGGGGAAGGCCGCAGUGGCCACGUGGUGAAGAUCGCUGUGGACGGGCCCCCACUGCAUGAGUUUGACUUCGCGCUGGCCAUAGAGUUCCUAGAGAGUGGGUGGGGGGAGGGGCUCCUGGGGGUCGCAACUCACUUUGAAGAGGAGUAG